AUGUCCACCCCUCGCCUCCCCCACGUGGACACCCCAGAGGACGGCCAGUCAAGCACCGAGAAUAGGGCCGUUGCUAAUGUGCAACGCAGAGGUGCCAUUCCAGCCUCCAGGCUGGCCACCAUUGCUAAACGGCCCGAGGUGAAGCAUCGUGUCAACAGGCAAAAGGGAGACUGGCAUAGAUGGGCUAUUGUAGUCGAAAAUCCUCACGAGGAUGAUGAGGCCGCCGACGAGCGCGGUGUUACUCGUUGGAGCAAAAGCUCCCGCACCGCUUCCGCCACUACGGCGGGGAAGCGUAGGAUGGUGGCGGUCCUCGUGGCCGAGCGCCGCAAGGACGGCGACGGAGAUAUUUCGGUGGUCGUCGGCGGAAAGCAGGCCGACAACAGGUCCGACGUUGGGCCGUCUCCCAGCAGGGAUGCUUGGGAAAUGGUCGACGAUGAUGACGAGGAGGAGGGGGGUGUCCUCCUCGUCAGCGACAGCGAGGAUGAUGGUGAUUCAAUCACCUCUGGCACCAGUGGUCAAACCCCUACCAGACCGAUUCCGAUUCCCGGUGGUCCAAUGGCAGCCAAUACCGCGAUGCAGUCCGCUGAGCCACAGUUGGGACAGAUCACGACACCAGAUGAUGAUUCUCCGCUCUCCAAGCCAGUCAACACAUGCGGACCCACCACUGAGUCCGAAAGCGAGGACGAAUGGUUUUCUAUGUAUGGGUAUGCUGCCGCGGAGCGCCUACUUGAGAGCAUCCGAACAGCUAUGCUCGACAACAAUGACGCGCCAUAUGUUCUCCCGAACUGA